CACCACAACCCCAACAACCCCAACAACAACAAUCCCAACAACAACAACCCCAACAACAACAACAACCCCAACAACAACCCCAAACACCUCAACAAACACAACAGCAGUAAGUAACUUCUUUACCAUGGAUAUACCUUUUGAGGAUUCAUUCAAUGUCCCAAGCAGCAGGAUUUACCAAGACUCUCUACAGGCUAUUCAACUCCAAACUGCUAAGUACAUCUUGACUGUCAGCAACAUAAAACUAAAGUUCCGGAGGGGAAGCACCAUCGGAGACUAUUCCAUAACAACAACAACAACAACUUCCUUUAGUGAAACUGUUGUAGAGGCUGUGAAUGUAGGGAUAUUUACAGAGCUGGCAAAGAAAUACUUAAUGGUAUACACAAGCCCACAACCCUUAAAGUUUGACCCACUUCCAGUGUUUUUCGAGGGAAACCUAAUUAUAACAUGUGGCCCACCACCAGAAAAUCUUAAUUUAAGUAGCGGCUUGACUGCGGAGUGGAGACUGAACGGCCAAGUAAUACCCGGAGAUGAUCUACACAAGUUACAGCUACAGAAUGUGACGGCAACGCUAACUGUGUUAAAGGUUUUUAGCACUGACAGUGGAUUAUAUGAAUGUACGCUGAAAUACAACAACACAGCUUUCCGACAGAGUGGAACAUUCACUUUCUCCCUAGACUCUUUAUGUAACGAUAAAGAAUUUGGUGUUGGAAAUGAAAAUGAUGAGGCUGUAGGUCCCUGCCCAAAGGACACGGUUGGAAACAGGACAGCAGUUUGUCGGAAAAAACAAACCGGCACUGGAUCAUGGGAAAUUAAGACGAACACCUGCAUCCUAAAACCACUUCAAGAGCUGCUUGUGCAGUCUCAGAAUUUGAAUAGCAAUUCACUGCCAGCAUUCUUGAAAGUACUCAGCGACACCACUACUAACUCCAGUCAGGACGUGAUUGGCUCUCCUGCAAACAUUGUUGCCACUGUUGAAAUACUCAACAAUAUAGCCAAAUUGAAUAUUUCAAUAACUGCAACUUUAAUGACGGAUAUCCUUUUAGUUGCAGGUGUUCUCACCGGAGAUGGAGCAACAGCAUCAUGGAACUCUCUAAACAAUGACAACCAAACCAUCGCAAUAACAAGUACCAGCCCCCCAGCUAACAGCAUCAGCUCAGAACUAUUGCGGUCUCUUGAGACAAUAACAACACGCCUUACCAAUGAAUCUUUUAACAUUGUAACACCGUUGAUUCUGUUGAACAAAACCAUACUCACAAAGAAUUUUGAUGCUGACUUUGCAUUCUCGAAUUCUUCUGUGGGGGUAGUCAUACCUGACUCUGAUGGAGGACAGAGGUCCAUCACUGUGCUAUCAUUUGCCUCAAUGGAUAACGUACUCCCUCCACGAGAUGCAAACAAUUUAACAGGCAAUGUCAUCAAUGGGAGAGUGGUGCUUGUUUAUUCCAAUGGAAGCGUCAAUAAUGUUUUAUUCAAAUUUGCGGUCAAAAACAAUACUCUGGCAAACCCUCAGUGUGUCUUCUGGAAUUUCAGCCUCUUUAACAGUGUCGGGGGAUGGGACAACAAGGGCUGUAAGUUGGUAAGCAACAUAAACAAAACCGUCACCUGCAACUGCAACCACCUGACGUCGUUCUCUAUCCUCAUGUCACCCUACAGUCCUGAAAGCCCCGUGUUGAGUUAUAUAACCUACAUUGGAGUUUCCAUAUCCAUUGCUUCCUUGGUCAUAUGCCUGAUAAUUGAAGCUGUCAUAUGGAAGAAAAUAAGGAAAAACAACACAUCUUACUUGCGUCAUGUUUCUAUCGUUAACAUUGCUCUGUCUCUCCUGAUUGCCAACAUCUGGUUUAUCAUUGGGGCGGCUAUUUCAGAUGCUAAACCAACCAAUCCACCAGCAUGCAAUGCAGCUACAUUUUUUAUCCAUUUUUUCUACCUGGCCCUGUUUUUCUGGAUGUUGGCCUCAGCUCUGCUGUUACUCUACCGCACGGUCAAUGUCUUUGAUGGGGGAUUGUCCAAAACAUCUAUGUUGGCUUUUGGAUUCAUUCUGGGCUACGGGGCUCCUCUUAUCAUCGUGAUCAUAACUAUUGCUGUAACUGCACCCAAGGAAAUAUACGUCUCAGAUAAUGGAGUAUGCUGGCUCAACUGGGAGGAAUCCUACGCUUUACUGGCCUUUGUGAUCCCUGCGCUGGUCAUAGUGGGGAUAAACCUUGUGAUCCUGUUGGUGGUGAUAUUCAAAUUAUUGAGGAGAAGGUCAGUUGGAGAUGCUGUACAAGCAGCUGAGAGGCAUGUUCUGGUUAUCAUUGCCAGGACUUUGGCUGUCCUCACACCAUUUUUUGGAUUAACUUGGGGUCUGGGAGUCGGAACCUUGGCCAACCCAGGCAAUAUGGGAAUCCAUAUUGCAUUCGCAUUUUUUAAUUCACUGCAGGGUUUCUUCAUACUGGUGUUUGGAACACUGCUGGACAAAAAGGUGCGGUCCGAACUAACAAUGAAGUCACAAAGUUCCAGACCCGGGACGGGGAGCACCAGCGCUGGAAUCUCAAGUAGAUUUGAUAUCUUCCGGAACUGGAGAAAACCAAGAGAUGGUUACAACAUGUCAUCUUCUGCCUCCGGUGGACCUCACUCUGCCGCCAACAGCAGAUGAUCUCUGCAGACAGAAUGACAACCAACCAAGCAGCUGUUUCCUGUUUUUUUCUUUUUACCCUUAUUGCAGCCAGAGUUAGAAUUUAAAAGGAGGAUAAAGUAUUGAUGUACAAUUUGAAGUAUAUUUUAACAUCCAAGAGACCCCGGCUUGACUUUUGUAAUAAUGAAAUUCAAACAGUAAUAAUUUUGAAUUUUGACAAAAAGAGUUUGUUUGUAUGAAGAGCACAUAGAGAGGAUAGAUCUGAUGUCUUGUAAAAGUGUGUGUGUGUGUGUGUGUGUGUGUGUGUGUGUGUGUG